GUGUGUAUUUGAACAUUAACUUGAUUAACUUUAGGAAGCUGUCUAAUUAAGAAGAAACAUCUCAACAUGGAAUGCUCUUUGGAAGAUUGAGAGAGGGUUCUUCUCAAAAAUUUUGAUGUUUUUGUUCAUCAGAUAAUCGGGCAAAAAUGGGUUGCGUUUCUUCGAAGAUUUUAAUGAGAACAGGGAGUUCCAAAGAAACAAGUCAUAGCUUUCCGAAAGGAUCAAAUAGAUUAGAAGAACUACUUGCUUCGAAAAGUGGUGGUGAUCAAUUCCUAGCUCUUCUAUGCACUGUAAAUACUGUUGCAAAGAAACUCAAAACUUCUUCCCUUCCCAACAUUGCUCAAACUGCACCAAUUGAGAUCACAAACUCAAUCAGCAUCAAAAUUCAAGAUACUGCCAAUGAUGAUAAGUGUCAGCAUGAGUCAGAUGAACAAGCAAACUCUAAAAGUAUCGAAGCUCAAGAGCGUUGUAGCGAUACAUAUGAGGCGAUUAAUAUUGAAAGCAUGGAUUCCUCUAUAGAUAAAAUUGAGUAUCAGAAAUUCCGAGGAGACUUGCAUGCGAAAAGCAUUCGUACUGUCGAAGAAUUUGACGCAAUGGUGGAACGAAUUCAGUUAAAGGAGGUAGGAAAAGAUGAGGAAUGUGAUAAUAUUAGUAGUGAAAAAGGGUGGAAAAGAAAGGCAAUGGGAAAAGAAUUAGCAAACAUUGAGGUAUCAUCAUUUGAAUUCUCAAGGAUUGGGAGUCUUAGAGAGUGGCUAAUUGUUGGAAAUCAAGUGAUUUCUCCUGAAUCCUAUGUGACACCAAAAUUCGGCAGUUUUGGAGUACCAUUGUCUGAAAAUGUAGAUAAUAUGAGUAAAGAACCAAUGUUUCAUCCGGAGAUUGUUUCACAAUUAGAAGAAGACAUGGAGAAGCUCAAUGUUGAGGAGGAUCAUAUCCUCAAGCAAAUUGUAGAAGAUGGAUAGUGUGAAUCUUUCUAUGAAUAUAUAUAU